AAACAACACAUCAUGGCUCUUCCACAAUCCGCAUACAAGGAUCGUCAGUUCCUUGCUGUUAUCGGUGAUGAGGUAGUCAUGGCCCCGUUCCUUCUCUUGGCCUCUGCUGACUCUCGACCUCCAGNNGACUCGGUGACGGGUGUCUUGCUCGCCGGAGUCGGACACGUUACCGAUCCCCCGGACUCGCAGAAGAACUACCUCGUCGUCGACCACAAGACCGAGACGCACACUAUCGAGGAGGCCUUUGACAGCUUCACCCAAGAGCGCAAGGACAUUGCCAUUCUCCUCAUCAACCAGCAUAUCGCCGACAAGAUCCGCAGCCGCGUCGAUUCAUACACCCAAGCCUUCCCUUCCUUGCUCGAGAUUCCCUCCAAGGACCACCCUUACGACCCCGAGAAGGACAGCGUCAUGAAGCGCGUCAAGAAGCUGUUUGGAGAGUAG